UUAUCAGAGUGUGGCCUUAUCUUGGGUAUUAAAAAACCAAAGCUUGAGAUGGUUUUGUCUGAUAGAGCUUAUGCAUUCUUUUCACACACCCACAAGGCUCAGAAGGAAAACAUGCCUCUCUUGGAUGAG